AUGGCAGCAUUGCCUUUCAUCACCCGCCGCUCUCUCUUGUUACUCAACAUCGUCUUUGCACCGCUUCUUUGUCUCGCUGUAUCGGUGAACUACCCGCUUGAGGACCAGCUGCCUCAGAUCGCGCGCGUUGGGGAGCCGUUCGAGUGGUCGUUCUCGCCUAUCACUUUCGACGAUGAUUCAGCGGGACCGCUCCAGUAUACAGCCUAUUCACUCCCCGCAUGGCUCUCGUUCGAUCCUUCCACGCGUGCGUUCAGCGGUACACCCGGAGCAAACGACGAGGGAAGGCCGCAAGUGCGCGUGGAGGCGGAGGAUAAAGACGGCGAUACCGAUUCCUCCGUCCUCACGCUGUGCGUUACGCCAUACGGCCCUCCGGUACUCAACAGGCCGAUAUCGCAGCAGUUCGUCGAGAACAACCCCUCACUAUCCUCCGUCUUCCUCCUCUCCCCCAACUCGGCACUCGCACAAGACCCAAACGUCCCGACUCUUCGUGUCCCGUCCAGCUGGUCCUUCAGCAUCGGCUUCGAAUACGACACGUUCGCGAACAAGUCGAACGUGUACUACGACGCGCGCCAGGCGGAUGGGUCUCCGCUUCCUUCUUGGAUGAGAUUCAGCACGAAGGGCUUAACCGUGGAUGGCGUUGUACCCCACGAAGACGCCCUCGCGACGCCUGCGACGUUCAAUCUCGCUCUCCACGCUUCGGACCAGGAAGGCUUCUCAGCGGAGAUACUUCCCUUCAACCUCGUCAUUGCGUCACACGAGCUCUCCCUCGGUCCAGGCAUGACUUCGCUGCCCACUAUCAAUGUCACAGCCGGCGAAGACUUCGACGUCGCGCUCGCCUCGGCGCUGGACUACAACGGCGCGCUCUUCGACGGCUCGCAGAUCCAGCCCGAUAACGUCACGAUUUUCGACGUCGAUACGUCUUCCGCGCCGGGUCUCGCGUACGAUAAGGUCACGCAUAGGCUGAAGGGCAAGGCCCCGUCCAAUACGACGACGCUCCCCGUCUCGCUCGAGGCGAACGGCCAAACACUCAACUCGACGCUCCAGAUCAUGUCCGUUCCGUCCUUCUUCACGCACGACAACCUCGGCGAUGCAGAUACGGAGGAGGGCGGGAAGCUGACGUUCGACCUCGAGCCGUUCUUGACCGACAAGGGCGUGAGCGAGGACGUCGACCUCUCUAUCUCGCUCUCGCCCGUUGAGGCGGGCUCUUGGCUCUCAUUCAGUAACUCCUCGCGCAUCUUGUCCGGCACCGCGCCCAAGUCCGACCCGGGGUAUGAGAACGUCGGCGUGACGUUCACCGCGUACUCGCAUGAUACGCAUUCGACGUCGCAUGCGCGUUUAUCAGUCGCUUUGGAGGGCGUGGGGCCGAAGGGAAAUGGGAAGGGCGAGAGCCACGGCGCUUCGAGCGAGAAGAGGGGCAAGAUCGUCUCGAUCUUGACUAUCGUCUUCGGAAUCCUCGGAGGCAUGCUCGGACUUGGCCUCUUGAUCGCUGCAUUGACGAAGUGCGCGCGCGUCCCGGAUACGGCGCUCAGUCCUGAGCAGGCGCUGCAGUCGUUCUCGGAGAAGGAGAAGAGCUACUAUGGCUUGUCGAGGGACGCAGAGACGGGGAAUAGCGGGUUGGGCGAUUCGAGGGUGGGAUCGCAGUCGGAUAUGUCGCUUUCAAACAGCUAUGUGCACCCCAGUAUGGACCUCCCACAACCUCCAGAACCCGCAUACGCCGCCACGCGCUACGGCAACGUCGGCGUCGGCUACCCAAUGGACAGCCCCGCGAGUUCGAUGAUGACCAAGGCGAACUUCAUGGAUCGCAUGCGCGGCGGCAUGCGCAAGAUCAGCGACAACGCGCGCAGGUUCAGCGGUCGGCGCCCAGCAAUAAGCCGACCUAUGCCCGUACAGCCGGACCCCGAGCAGGGUACGCCGACUAUUGAAGCUAUUGGUGGGCCGGCGUUCUUUGGCGAUCCUGGCGACGCGGACUCGCCUGCGCUCAGCGGGGGUACUACACCCAUUGUCGUCCCGCGCAACACUCCAGCUUCGGUCGGCUUUGACGCACGGCGUAUACGAGACUCGCGUGGGGAGACGCUCAGUCAAGUUCGCAGAUCUUCGUCUGCGUCCGUCGGCUCGCUCGCGUCGCUGCGUACGCACGAGGAGACGGCCAUCGUCCACAAAGCCCAGCGCGCGACGAGUAUCCGCAACGUAGGCUCCCCAAUGCGUAACUUGGAUCCCGACGUGCGCUUGAUGCCAGGUCCGUCAAGCCGCGGCGCGCACACGCCCAUCUCGCCCACGCAGAACGGCCUGCUCACAGGCCGCCUCUCAACGCGCCCGAUCAGCCAAGUGGCGAGCGUGCAGGAUGCGCAGGCGGACGAUAUCGAGACGAGCAUGGCGUAUAUCAACGCGUACAGCGGUCGCGAGAGCGUCUCUACCAAGCGCACCAGUACGGCGUACACCACUGUCUCGUUCGGCGCGGCGGACAGCCCGUCGAUGAACAGCUCGCGCGCGGAAUCGCGUGCCGGCGGCGGGCGCGUGGAUAAGGUCGUCGCGCCGGGAGGGCAGAUGGUCGUGACGCUCCGGCUUACUCCCGAGGGCGCGCGGGCGCAGGAGCGCAACGCGUUGCGGGUGCACCAGCUCGAUGGGGACAGGACGCCCGAUUUUAUCCGUGCUGAGCUGAAAGCGAGGCCGGGACAUCCGGGCGAGGUCGUGAUUCGGGCUAUGCCGCCGGUGGAUUGCAGCGAGGAGCUUAUUGCGGUGGCUGUAUACGAUAGCAGGAACAAUAUCGUCAGUAACGAGAUCAGGUUCGAGAUUAGCCAGGAGGUUUGA